UCUGCGUAAAUAAAUGUGUAUAUACUUGACUGGCAAAUAAAAGAAUGGAUGGUCAUUUGUCUGCACGCUUAGGUACAGUGAGAUGUAGCAAUCACAGAGGACAAAGACCCGAAUAUUUUUGUUGUGGACAACUCAUAUGUAGUCUAUGUCAGGUGGGACAUUCAAAUCACGAAUCACUUAUUACAAUUGAAACGAAAAGAAACGACAUUCAAGAAAGUGUACCUCAUUUUUUAACGAAACUUGACGAAGUAAGAGUUAAUACAGAUCGGCAAAUUUCGAACUAUAAAUCCAUGCUCGAUCGAAACUCAAGAUAACAGACCAAAAACAGGGAAAACAUUCAUAAACGAAUAAAAGCAUUAAUAGAUUAUUUGAAGGAGAUAGAAUCUUCCCUAAAGGAAGACUGUCAGAAAAGACACGAAAAAGUAAGUGAAAUCUUGAACAAGAUUAUUGACGAAUGCAAAACAACUUUGAUUGAAGUUGAACAAAUUAAAAUAUGUUGUGAACGGCUUCCAUCGUUUAACUCUGCUUUGGAAACUGUCCGUGUUGGAGUUCGAGUUAAUCAACAGUUGGAAGAACUUGAUUCAAAAGAAAAUCAUCAACCUCUACCACAAAUCCCAGAGUUCAUAUCUCCUCACAAUUUGCCAGGUAAUGGAUUACUCAGAAAAAUCAUUGGAACUAUGAAUGAUGGACUUGAUAUGGAUUCUGAUUGGACAACUGAUGAACAUGAAAAAUUUGAGAUCAAAGAAAAAUUCCAAUGGAAGCAGAAACGUAUAGGAAUAUCCCCUCUUGGAAGAGACAGGGCGUGGUUGUAUCCUAUGGAUACCGGUGGGAAUAUUUUCUUAAUUUCACAUAAAGGUGAAUUGGUAAAAGAAAUAAAAAACGAAAAACGCAGAAAAAUAGAAAAAAUUUAUACAACGAAUCGUAUGAAUGCCUGGGUAACAGACAUAGAAAAAUGUAGCAUAAAAGUAUUGAGAGAGACCGGCGAACUUCAACAUAGAUUUCAUGUUGCACCUUUUCACCCAUUUGGGAUAUGCCCCACAAAAUCUGGGGAGGAAGUCUGGAUUUGUUUGGCUGAUAAAUCAUCGUUUAUCCCAGAGUUGAAAGGACGGACAAUGGUAGCAAAAAUGACAACGUUUGGAGAGAAAGUGUGCGAAAUUGAAUCUCCAGGUGGCAAAACUCACUUUACUUUCCCGUAUAGAUGUACAGAAAAUCUCAACGAGGAUUUAAUUGUCGUCGAUCGAAUCAAAGAAACUAAAGGACAGAUUUUUAUUUUCGAUAAGAGUUGCCAACUAAAAUGUGGAUACAUUGGAACUUCUGUUGAUCGGGAUUUCGACCCACGUGACGUUUGCUGUAACAGUAAAGAAAACAUAAUCAUUUCGGACUAUUCUAAUAAUGCGAUACACAUUUUGUCACCAGACGGGUUUUUAGAAAAACUUUUAAAAAUGGACUCGCAUGGAUUAUUGGAACCGUUAUCAGUAGCCACUGAUGCCAGUGACAAAAUAUGGAUAACAUUCGUCGAUGGAAACGUAACAAUAAUCAACAAUUAUGUAAAUUGUAUUGAAAGAAGAUCAUAAAAAGAUAAUGUUAUGUAAUAGGAAUAUAUGAAGUGCAAAUGCGAAUUAUCUAAUAAGUACCUAAUACCCUUGAUAACUUUUAAACUAAAUGGUUUAUUUUCUUAAAUUUUAAUUCUUUUAUUUAUGUUUCAGAGUUUAGUGUGACGUUCUUUUUCACUGAACUAAUAUAUUUUUUAGA